CUCGCUAGGUUUGCCGAACUAGGCAGCGAACGGGGCCUUAUAGGAGAGAAAAUUCCCAAAAAGCCCAUCUCAUUCCUUUCAAUUUUCAAUUUCUACCACUUAUUUUAGAAUUCAAAAUGGCUGUUUCAUCUUCUAGAAGAUCGAGCGGACCAGUCUUGCGUUCUGUAUCACCGUCUGGUAGAUUCCACACAUCAAAUACUAGUUACUCCAUAUCAUCCUCAUCUUCAGCCUUCGCUUCGUCGACAGGCUCCAGCUUCUCUUCUCCAUCUUCUACUUUCUUUAACCAUAGCCAUCACAGAUCUGCGUCUCCUACUCGUGUCAAUCUUUAUUCAGCUCCGCGAUCCACCUCUUUUCGAUUCUCAAUUGAUAGAUCUACAUCGCCUGGUCGUUCAAUUGCCUUGUCCAAACAGAACAAUCCGAUUUCACUCCCUAAGAAAACAUGUAUGUGCUCUCCAACGACGCAUCGGGGGUCGUUUCGUUGCAGUCUGCAUAAGAAUAUUAGUAGUAAUAACGGUAACAAUAAUUCUUCUUCUUAUCCGUCAAAUCGGUUGAAUAUGCGGAGAUCGGCGAUGACGAAUUCGCUAGUGAGGAUCGGCGGAGUUGAAGGAGAGUGGGUGAGAAGAGCGUUGACGGCUCUGAUUCGCCCUUCUUCACACCAACAGAGAAGAAGAGCAGCGUUCCAGCCUCGGCAGAGUCGGCUUUCAGUGAUGUCCAAAGCCGAGGAUCUUUAAUUCAGGUUGGUUCGUUUUUCCUUUUAUCCUCUCAGACGCCUUCACCGGUGACGAUUUUGAAUGGUUCGUGGCCAACAUAGGCAUAACUCGGAUCUUGGACCGAUUCGACUCGGAGGAUCUGGAUCUGGAUCUGGAUUUGGAUUUGGAUUUGGACCGAGUCCAACGAGGACGAGUUUUACAGAUGUGCGGCGGCAGUUAAGUUGCGGAUGAGUUCUGCCUUGAAUACGGCUAGUUUUUUGGGUCUCUCCUAGCUUAUUUUGUGGGACAAGUUCGAAGAGAAAACCCUGUUUGUACAUAGCAAUUACUAUGCAAGGAGAUUUCGGAUAUUGACUAAUGCAAGAACCAAAUUAGUAUAAAGAAUUAAUCAAUAUCAUCAUUGAAAAUAUGAACUCCGAUUAAUUCUGCCUUUAUUUUAAGUAA